AUGGACGAAGUGGACCGGCUGCUUCUUCGGCGGCUCAGGCUUAAGCUGGUCCGAGAGCUGCUGGUGACCGAGCUCUGGGACGCGCUGCUGAGCCGCGGGCUCUUCACGCCCGACAUGAUCGAGGACAUCAAGCGGGCAGGCUCUGGAUCUCAGCGGGAUCAAGCCAGACAGCUGAUCACAGAUCUAGAGACUCGUGGGAGCCAAGCAUUGCCUUUGUUCAUCUCCUGCUUACGAGACACAGGCCAGGACAGGCUGGCUUCAGUGCUGAGCACAAAUCGUCAAGCGGCAAAGCGAGAUCCGGGAGCCAUCCGAUCCCUGGAUGCUGGACUUGGACUCGUGCGCCUCAACCCAGAUGAGCAGAGGACCCACCAAAUAAAGCAGGAUCCCUUGAGGACUGCCGUGGGGCACCUACCCUUGAAGGAGCCAGCUGAGCGCAGGCCAGUGGUUCCCAGGCCAGUGGAUGUGGGCUGUGGAGAACCUUGUGAUACCAAUGCUCCGAGAUGGGGAAGAAAUGCGGAUUUGGCAUAUGUGCUGGAUGCUGACCCUUGUGGUUACUGCCUCAUUAUCAACAACAUGAACUUCAGCUUGAAGUCUCAGCUUGGCCUCCGCACUGGCUCCAAUAUCGACUGUGAGAAGCUGCAGCAACGUUUCCAAAAGCUGCAUUUCACAGUGGAGGUGAAGUGUGACCUCACUGCCCAGGGCAUGCUCCAGGCCUUGGUGGCACUGGCACGGCGGGACCACGGCGCACUGAACUGCUGUGUGGUGGUCAUCCUCUCCCACGGCUGUGAGGCUAGUCACCGCCAGUUCCCGGGGGCCGUGUAUGGCACAGAUGGCUGCUCCGUGUCUGUGGAGAGACUCGUGAACAUCUUCAACGGGGCUGGCUGCCCCAGCUUGGGAGGGAAGCCCAAGCUCUUCUUCAUCCAGGCCUGUGGCGGGGAGCAGAAAGACCGUGGGUUCGAGGUGGCCUCUGUGUCCCCUGGAGGCAGGGCCUCGGACAGCAACGUCGAGUCCGAUGCCGCCCCUUUCCCGGAAGACCCGGGGAGCUCCGACCAGCCGGAUGCUGUGGCCAGCUUACCCACACCCAGCGACAUCUUCGUGUCCUACUCCACCUUCCCAGGCUUCGUCUCCUGGAGGAACACCAAGUGCGGCUCCUGGUACAUCGAGACCCUGGACAGCGUCUUUGAGCAGUGGGCUGACUCCGAGGACCUGCAGACCCUCCUGCUCAGGGUGGCCAACGCUGUUUCCGAGAAAGGGAAGUACAAGCAGAUGCCGGGCUGUUUUAAUUUCCUCCGGAAAAAACUCUUCUUUAAAAUAUGACGCGGGCUUGGGCCCCGUAUGCUGCCUUCCUCUCAUCCCCACCCUGUCCUGCUCCAGGCCUGCACGGCCCCACGUAUGUGGGCAGACAGGCUUCCAGAUGGACGUGAAGGAUGGAGAGCCGUGGAUGCAUGGAUGCCACGUGGGCCUGUCACAUGUGGCCAGCUCCUGGGGCCCGUGACCGACCUGUGGCCCGAGUGCCGUGUCCGCAGCAGGCUUUUUCAGCACUGUGGGUAUUGAGGACCGAUGCCCCCCAGGGCAGUGGGAGGCUAUCUGCACAGAGGGCUGCCUCAGUAGCACCUCUUCCGCCCCCUAGCUGCCAGCAGCAUGUCCCCAAGUCGUGACAACCAGAAUGUCUCCAGACACCACCAAGCAUCCCCUGGGUGGGGGUGCACAAUCGCCCCACUGGAGAGCCAAGAGGGAUGGGAGUCUGGCAACUGGAGGCCAGCACCUCUCGGGGCAGCAGGCGUGGUGGUGCUGCCUGCCAGAGUGGGAACAGCUUUAACCUGUGACUUCUCAGUGGAGUUUUAGACAUUGCUCAUUUUCCCUGCACUCGGGGAGUCUUCCAAAAUAAAUCUCCCAGGCCAGUA